AUGUUACCUGAUCUUCCGACGCGUCCAUUUGAUGUGAUUCUUGAGUCUUUGCCAUAUACUAAUAAUUAUUGUAUUCCAAAGAAUUCUGGUGAUUACUAUAAUCCUAAUGUUGGAAAAAAAUCGAUUGUCAGACAGGAUGAAAUUGAUAACGAUGAUGAAAAUGACACCACAGAUAGCUCAUUAUCGUCAUUGUCGUCAUUGUUAUCAAUUUGGCAAGAUGCAAUUCAACAAUCAAAAGAUGACAAAUUUAAGAUAUUAUCGUGGGAUACAAUUGGACAUAAUUCGUUAUCACCAUCAUUACAGAAGACGCCAUAUCUUACUGAGACCAAUACAGAAACGCAAGAAGCUGUUUUUCAGAUUUAUCUUCAGAAUGAGUUGGUUCCAGCGUGUCCUCUUUUAUCAAAAAGCGAUUUGAUGAGAGAUAUUUAUUACUUAGUGAUCGGUUUUUCAUCUAAAUUGUUUUCAUAUAAUCCGGAACUCAGGAUGUUUCAGAUAAUUACAAACUUUCGAAUAAGCGGAUGCAGUGAAAAGGCUAUGAAUAGAAUUCUGAUUAAAUUCUUGGAUUUUGGAACAUAUAUCAAACGUUUGGAAAAUGUGGCGAAGCGAUGCAUUCAGGAUCGAAGCGCAUACGGUCUUACAGGAAUCGCAUUUGGUCAUUCGCUGUUAAACGUCGUAACUUUUAUUCGGUUAUCAAUCACUUCAUUGGCAGAAAAAUAUGAAGGACUAAAAAAGAUGAAUCUAAUCCGGUUUUAUUUCACGAUUGACGAAUCUUUUCGUUUAUUAGAAUAUCUGGCUUCAUUCUGCUGUUGUGAUCGUUCAAAUACAAGUCGUUUGAAUUUAACUUCUGAACAAAAACAAAAUGGAUUCUAUAUUCCUUUUGGUGCCGCAAUUAUUUCCAAAUUAUAUGUAUUCUCGCAACGAAUUGACGCGUCACAAUCAUAUCUAUUGAAGUCUGUAUUUUUGGCAUUGCUGGCUGAAUCAAGUUACACAUAUUUCCAAAUGAUGAACUCAUGGAUUGGAUUAAACGCUCUUCCCUCACCGCAUUUAUCAUCGCCAACAUCUUCUUCUUCUUCGGUAUUGUCGCUAUUCGAAAAGAGUUCACUUUUUUACCAGACUACAAAAGGCAAAUUCAGUGAUCCAUAUCAAGAAUUUUUUAUACAGAAUAGUGACGACGGUUACGGGCAACAACAAAAAAUAAAGGUUAGCAAAUCAAAUCCAUUGCCAGCUUUUAUUUCGGUCGAACUUGCUAGAAAUAUGUUGGCUGCUGGUAUAUCGUUAAGAUUGUUGAGAGAUUGUCGGCCGAAUCACCCGUUGUGUAAUAACAAUGACAAUAAUUCUGGCGGACAACAAAAAGGACUGUUGUUUCAAUGGGAUAAGAAUGUGAAGUGGAUUUUCACGCAAGGAGAGAUAUACGAUAUGCACGAGCGAUUGCAAGUAUACAUGCGUGAUAUGAUGGUUGCAAUAAUUGCACAGGACAAUAAACGAAAAGCAUCUACUGCACGGAUCAAAGCCAAUUAUGAAAGAGUCAUGAGUAAACGCAAGGAAGAACACAACAUCACAGAAUCAUUAGAAAAGUCAGAUCACUUCAAUUUUGACGAAUCACCCGGCGAUCCAUCCACGAUAACUUCGAAUAACCAAACAAUAGAGCUAAUUGAAUUACUGCACAAAGCACAAACCUCAAGCUCUGUAUACAAAGAGAAAGACUACAUUCCACCACUACGCGCAAUUACCGAUCUCGUAAUAAACUAUCCAAUCAGUAGCCAAUGCCGUCUCAUCAACGCUUCAAUCUUGUCAAUUUUCUUUCAUGAACUUGACCUUGUUGCGCAUUUAAACGUGUUACGUAACUUCUUGCUGUUGGGUAACGGAAAUUUCGUGUCUGGAUUGACUGACGCAUUGUUUAGUGAUAAUGUUGAUUAUGGAGAAGAUUUCUCCAGUAAUAAAGCAACCUCAGGAAGUAGUGGCAAUGGUAAUGGUAUUCGAUUGAAUAGUCGACGAACUUGGCCGCCUGAUAGUGUAGAAUGGAGAAUGGCUUUGAAAUCAGUGAUUGUUGAAACUAUUCUAUUAGAGAAAGAAAAUUCCGAGGUAGAUGAAGAUCAGGAUGGUGAUAAUUCCACCAGAGAACCAUCAAUAGUAGAUGCCUGGAGUUCCAUUAAUAAUCUUGACGAUAUUUUGAUGUUUGGAAUCCAAUCGGACGAGGAAUAUUCAUUGGAAGCUCUAGAUUUUCUCUAUCUUGACUAUAAGCCACCAUACCCAAUAAACGUAGUAAUCACCCCAAACUCUCUAACCAAAUACAAAAACCUCUUCACAUUCCUAUUACGCGUGCUAAGACUCGACACGGUAGUGCACCAUAUUUAUCGUCUUUCGCAUUCUCGAUAUUCAUUAAUGGACGAAAAGAAUGACAAAGGUGACACAUUGGCUCAAAAGAAACUUUUACAUAUAUUUCGAUUCGAAGCGCAACAAUUCAUGAUUGCUUUGCAUGGCUAUGUGUUUGAUAAUGCGAUUGCUUCGACUUGGACUUUGUUUUUGAAGAGACUUUCCAAAAUCUCAAAAAAUGCCGAGUUUGAGAUACCGCGUCAACAACAGCAGCAACAUGGCAAUAGAGCGACGACAACUGCGUCUUCGGAAGCACAAUCAAUUAACGAAGAAGAAAAUAAUGACGACGAGGACAACCACCAAAAAGACGUCAAAGAUCUCGAAUCUCUAAGAGCCUAUCACGAACACGUACUCGACCGCAUGUUAUACCAAUGCAUGCUAAAAAAGAAACACGCGCCAUUAAUGAAAAUCCUAAACGCGAUCCUCUCCGUGAUCCUAUCAUUCGCGCAAAAACUACAACAACGACGUACUACCGUGUUUUAUGACGCGUCUCAACGACAAGAACAUUGGAACACUAUUCAGACGCUUUAUGAUCGGUUCCGGUUGUAUACAACGUCGUUGAUGAAGCUUUUGUUAGCGUUUGAAGAGAAAGGUGGCGGACGAAUGGGGAUUGGUGUGAAAAGGCAGUAUUAUCAAGGCGGGGGAAAAAAUGAUGCAGCAGUUAGUCACACUAGUAAUGAUGUAGAUUUACAUAAUGCUGGUAGAUGGUAUCAUGAUAAAGCUGAUAGCCAAUCUGGUGUCAAAGGAUUCAUGCAAGAAUUGUUAGUGCGCUUGGAUUCGAAUGGACAUUAUAAAAAAUUAGUAAAAAAAGGAGAAUCUAAUCUCCAUUAA